AACAUAGAGGAGUCUACUGAAGUAAAUGUUCAUUCACAGAUGGAGGGCGGAGAAAACUCACAGGCACCUCCCACUCGUAGUUCAAUAAUCGCUGGGCAACCGCCUGUCUGUGAACUUGAAAAAGCUAGAAGAGAACUUUGUGAAAACCGCUGAAACGUCAUCAGUGACUGAAUUAAUGUAAUCGAUAAAGGAAAUACUCGUUUUAAAAUGAUCUCCUGCGGUCGGGCAGGGCGCAUGAAUGUGUAGCGUCGACACUGGGAAUGAAUUCAACCAUUUGACACGACACUCCGAAUUACAAAUGGACGUGACUUACAGGUUCAUAUUGGGAAUCAUCACAGCUGUUGCCCUAUGCAAAUACUCGCAGGCUGAAUGGAAUACCACACAGGUAACAGCCAACAGCACUGUGUCCUGCCAUCACCAUGACAACAGCAGCAACUGCACAGAUUCACAAGAUGACCACCAGUGGAGUGGGCACUUCUCAGAGUGUCCGAAGGAAUUCAGGCAUUUCUGUAUCAAUGGUGACUGCCGUUUUGUGAAGGAGCAAAACACUCCUUCAUGCAGAUGUGAAUAUGGAUAUAUCGGCACUAGGUGUGAAUAUCACGAUAUAAGUCAACAUGUAGGAGAACGAGAGAAAAUCGUCAUCGCGUGUGUAGUCGCAGUACUGGUGUUUCUGAUUCUAUUCAUCAUCUUUAUAUGCAUCUGUUCACAUAAACGAUAUAACCCGUGUAGGAAAAAAAGGAGGAAAAAUGAAUCUGUAGAUGAAGCUGAGAAGCUCAGCUCACUAAACUCAAACGAAUCUGCUCCUGUCGACACCUCAGACACGAAUGCUGUAUGAUGCAUUCGGUGAAGUGCACCUGCCAGGGUUGGUGAAUUCUUAUGAUGUGAAAAUCUGGUCUGGAGAGUGAUGGAAGCUUUACAGUAUCAAGAGUUGACUUGGGAGAUAUCUUAUGGCGUGUCAGACAAUAUUUGCCGUUCUGUGUGCUGCUGUUUACCCCAUUCACUGCACAACAAUUGCCAUGAAAAGUAACCUAUAUUAAACUCAAAGCCAUAUUCACAAUACUGUCUGGAAAAGUUCUCCCGAAAUGCAGUUACCUAAAUUGAUCAUUGUUUGAUAUUUGUAAUGAUAAGGACCAUGUCUAAAAUCCCCUAACCGAUUUUUGCUUUAUUUAUUGUUCCAACGUGUACAUAGAACGUUUUCAUUUUGUUUACUGUCUACUGACCAUUUUAAAUUAAAAAACUUAUG